AUGGGAUCUCUAGAUAGCAAAGGUCCGGGAUUCGUGGGCUAUGCAUCCUCUGGCGAAGGGCCUGAGGCUGGCUACUCCCAGCCAGUCAAGCGUGGGCGCUGGUCCUUAGCAGUCGAUCAGGAGCCUAGCAGUUUUGCUGCGACACCAAAUGCGUCCAACGCCGAUUUCGAUCCCAUUCCUCCUUCAAAGCGCACAUGGGGCUCUGGCGCUUAUGUUGCGUAUUGGAUGGCAGAUGCCUGGGCCGUCUCCAACUGGGAAGUUGCUUCCUCUAUGAUCGCUGCUGGUCUGAGCUGGAGAAUGGCGAUUGGAGCCUGUGUUUUGGGCAAUACGCUCAUGGGUGUGGUCAUCACGAUGAACGGCCGUAUUGGAGCAACGCUUCACACUCCCUUCCCAAUCCUAGCUCGUAUGCCUUUCGGAUACUACUUCAGUUACUUUGUCGUCGUCUCACGUUGUGCGUUGGCCAUCAUCUGGCUUGGUGUGCAAACAGUAACUGGCGGCCAGUGUAUGGAAGUCCUCCUCACUGCGAUCUGGCCCAGUUUUGCAAAGAUUCCCAACCAUGUGCCGGAAAGCCAAGGCUUGACAACAGCUGGUUUCGUUGCCUUCUUCUUAUACUUUUUACUCCAGCUGCCGUUCCUGUGCAUCCCAUACACUAAGAUUCAGUACUUUUUCGGGUUUAAGUCGAUUAUCGCGCCCAUCAUUUUCCUGGCAGUCUUCGGCUCGACGCUGCACAAGGCCGGAGGCACUAUUAGCCACAGCACAGUCAUCACUGAAGGCACCACAGUACAAGGUUCUGUCCUCGUCUGGGCCUUCUUCUCAAACUUGAACUCGGUUCUUGGCAACUAUGCAACUCUUGGUCUCAAUAUCGCCGAUUUCUCUCGAUACGCAAAGAAGCCUGCAGCACAGAACGUCCAAGCAUUCGUCAUUCCCUUUAUCUUCACCAUCGUCGGUCUCCUCGGCAUCUUCACAGCUGCAGCCGCCGAGCCGGCUUAUGGCCGUGUCAUCUGGAAUCCAAUUGAGAUCAUCAGCGAUUGGCAGGCUGGAGGUUCUCACGGAGGCCGCACUGCUGCUGCAUUCGGCGCCAUCGGUCUGCUCAUCGUGACCCUUGGAAUUAAUAUCUCGGCCAACUCCAUCAGCGCAGCCAACGACCUGGUAUCGUUCUGCCCCAAAUACAUCAACAUCCGACGAGGCCAGAUCCUGGCUGCUAUUAUCGGUGCUUGGGCUUGUGUGCCAUGGAAGAUCCUUGCUUCUGCACAGAAGUUCCUCGCUUUCCUCGGUGGCUACACUAUCUUUUUGGGCCCGAUGACUGCGAUCCUGAUGACAGACUACUACAUAACUCGACGUGGCAACGUGUCAGUUCCAGACAUGUACAACUUCCAUGGCAUGUACCGAUACUCUGCUCGGUAUGCGACAAACUGGCGUAGCGUUGUUGCGCUUAUCAUUGGCUUCGCGCCUCCGCUUCCCGGUUUCAUAAACAGCGUUUCUUUGAACACAAUUGAUGUUUCAAGCGGCGGAAAGAAUUUGUUCGCUAUUGGCUACAUAUACUCCUUCGUCGCUGCUGGUGUGUUUUACUGGGCUCUGAUGCACUGGUUCCCACACCAAGAGAGUCGACUGGAAAGACCCAACACAGGCGAGGAUAUCAUUGCCGCCUCGGACGAGAAGCAGCUUCUCUCUGGCGCGCGCAAACCGCAGAGAGGGAUCCGUGAUCUUGUGCGCGCUAUGCUGCACAAGAAGAGUAGCCGUAGCAGUGCCUGA